GGAAUUGCGCAGUUCAGAAAUUCAACCCCUAAGUCGUAUCAGGAAGCUGGAAGAAAGGUCAUAAGCAUGAAGCGCAGUUCAGUUUCCACUGGUGGUGCUGGCCGCCUCUCUGUGCAAGAGUUAAGAUCCCAGGACCUCAAUAAACAAGGCCUCUAUACCCCUCAAAGCAAAGAGAAAUCAGCCUUUGGAAAAUUGAGUAUAAACAAACCAACAUCGUCUACAUCUGAAAGAAAAGUUUCUGUGUUUGGCAAAAGAACUAGUGGACCUGGAUCCCGAAACAGUCAGUUUGGCAUAUUUUCCAGUUCUGAAAAAAUCAAGGACCCAAGACCACUUAAUGACAAAGCAUUCAUUCAGCAGUGUAUCCGACAGCUCUGUGAGUUUCUUACAGAAAAUGGUUACGCUCAUGGUAUAUCCAUGAAAUCUCUACAAGCUCCAUCAGUUAAAGACUUCCUGAAGAUCUUCACUUUUCUGUAUGGCUUCCUGUGCCCUUCAUAUGAACUUCCUGAUACAAAAUUUGAAGAAGAGGUUCCAAGAAUCUUUAAGGACCUUGGGUACCCUUUUGCAUUGUCCAAAAGCUCUAUGUAUACAGUGGGGGCCCCUCAUACAUGGCCUCACAUUGUGGCAGCUUUAGUGUGGCUAAUAGACUGCAUCAAGCUAUAUACUGCCAUGAAAGAGAGCUCACCUUCAUUUGAUGAUGGACAGCCUUGGGGAGAAGAAACUGAAGAUGGAAUUAUGCACAAUAAGUUGUUUUUGGACUAUACCAUAAAAUGCUAUGAGAGUUUUAUGACUGGUGCCGACAGCUUUGAAGAGAUGAACACAGAGUUGCAGUCAAAGCUAAAGGAUUUAUUUAAUGUAGAUGCUUUCAAGCUGGAAUCAUUAGCAGCAAAAAACAAAGCACUAAAUGAACAGAUUACAAGAUUGGAACAAGAGAGAGAAAAAGAACCGAAUCGUCUAGAGUCAUUGAAAAAACUGAAAGCUUCCUUGCAAGCAGAUGUUCAAAAGUAUCAGGCAUACAUGAGCAAUUUGGAGUCUCACUCAGCCAUUCUUUAUCAGAAAUUGAAUGGUCUUGAUGAAGAUAUUGCUAGAGUAGAACUAGAAUGUGAAACAAUAAAGCAGGAGAAUACUCCACUGCAGAAUAUUGUUGAUAACCAGAAGUACUCAGUUGCAGACAUUGAGAGAAUAAAUCAUGAAAGAAAUGAAUUGCAGCAAUCCAUUAAUAAAUUAACCAAGGACCUACAGGCUGAACAACAGCAAUUGUGGAAUGAGGAGCUGAAAUAUGCCAGAGGCAAAGAGACGAUUGAAGCACAAUUAGCAGAAUAUCACAAACUGGCUAGAAAAUUAAAACUUAUUCCUAAGGGUGCUGAGAAUUCCAAAGGUUAUGACUUUGAAAUUAAGUUUAAUCCUGAGGCUGGUGCCAACUGCCUUGUUAAAUACAAGACCCAAGUUUAUGUACCACUCAAGGAACUCCUGAACCAAACUGAAGAAGAAAUAAAUAAAGUUCUAAAUAAAAAAAUGGGUUUAGAGGACACCUUAGAACAAUUGAAUAUAAUGGUCACAGAAAGCAAGAGAAGUGUGAAAACUCUGAAAGAAGAAGUUCAGAAGUUGGAUGACCUUUACCAACACAAAGUUAAGGAAGCUGAGGAAGAAGACAGAAAAUGUGCCAAUGAGCUCGAGUCUUUGGAGAAACACAAGCACCUCCUGGAGAGCGGUGUUAAUGAGGGCCUCAGUGAAGCCAUGAAUGAGUUAGAUGCUAUUCAGCGGGAAUACCAACUAGUUGUACAGACCACAAGUGAAGAAAGACGAAAAGUGGGAAAUAACUUGCAGCGUCUUUUAGAAAUGGUUGCUACCCAUGUAGGAUCUGUGGAGAAACAUCUUGAGGAGCAGAUCACUAAAGUUGAUAGAGAGUAUGAAGAAUACAUGUCUGAAGAACUCAUAGAAAAUAUUAGAGAAAUUGGAGACAAGUAUAAGAAGAAAGCUGCCCUACUUAAAACUUCUGAUGAAUGAAGAUGUAAUGUUGACCAGGUAUAUAUUCCAUAAUGAAUAAAAU